AUGUUUGCCGUACGUCCAAAUAUGCCUUUUAAACAGGUUAGAAAGGCAGCAAGCCUUUAUCGCAAUGUUCGCUUUGCGUCUUCUAAACCAUUUCAAAAGAUUGAUGUUAAAAACCCAAUGGUAGAAAUGGAUGGUGACGAAAUGACUCGUGUCAUUUGGCAAAUUAUUCGUGAGAAGCUUGUUCUCCCUUACAUGAACAUUAAAUUGGAUUAUUAUGACCUUGGUAUUGAGGCUCGUGACAAAACUAGUGACAAAAUCACUGUGGAUGCCGCCAAUGCUAUUACUAAACACGAUGUUGGUGUGAAGUGCGCUACAAUUACUCCUGAUGAAGCUCGUGUCAAGGAAUACAACUUGAAGAAGAUGUGGAAAUCUCCUAAUGGUACAAUCCGAAACAUUUUGAACGGUACUGUAUUCCGUGAACCCAUUCUUAUUAACAACAUUCCCAAGUACAUCCCGGGAUGGACAAAUCCUAUCUGCAUUGGUCGUCAUGCCUUUGGUGAUCAAUACAAAUCUACCGAUAUGAUUGCCUCUGGACCAGGCUUAUUGGAAAUGUCUUUUACCCCAAAGAACAACGAGGCUGCUAAGCAAACCCACAACGUUUAUGAGUUUUCUGGUCCUGGCGUCGCAAUGUCUAUGUACAACACUGAUGACUCUAUCCGCGGAUUUGCCCACAGUUCAUUCCAAAUGGCCCUUCAAAAGAAGAUGCCCUUGUACCUUUCUACCAAGAAUACUAUUCUGAAGCAAUAUGAUGGUAGAUUCAAGGAUACCUUCCAAGAAAUCUAUGAUUCUGAUUACAAGGGUGAGUUUGAAAAACUUGGUUUAUGGUAUCAACACCGCUUGAUUGAUGAUAUGGUUGCCCAAGCUAUCAAGUCCAAUGGUGGAUUUGUCUGGGCUUGCAAGAACUAUGAUGGUGAUGUUAUGUCCGAUAUCGUUGCUCAAGCUUAUGGCUCUUUGGGCCUUAUGACCUCUGUCUUGAUUCACCCCAAUGGCCGUACUUUUGAAAGUGAGGCUGCUCACGGCACUGUUCAGCGUCAUUAUAUGCAACACCUCCAAGGCAAGAAGACUUCCACAAACAGUAUUGCAUCUAUCUUUGCCUGGACUCGCGGUCUUGCUCAACGUGGUCGUUUGGAUAACAACGAACCCUUAGUUAACUUUUCCAAUGCCCUUGAGCGUGCUUGUGUCAAUUGCGUUCAAAAGGGUAUUAUGACAAAGGAUCUUUGUAUUUUGAGUCCUGAUGUCAAAGAAUACGUCGAUACUUUCGAAUUUUUGGAUGCGGUUAAAUCUGAGCUUAACUCUGAACUUGCAAAGAGUUCUUAG